GUGGGUAGGUGGGGAUUCUGGGCGGGUGGCGGAGUCACAGUCGCUUCAGCCAGGCUGCGGAGCGGACGGACGCGCCCGGUGCCCCGGGGGAGGAGGAGGCGGAGAGGAGAAGACGCCCUCUCUGCCCGAGACCUCUGGAGGCUCUGACCCCAGGGGCCAGGGGACUGACAAGUUCCUCCACCUCGGCUGCCUGAAGAGGCCGCGACCCUGGAGGCCCCUGAGCCCACCGCACCAGGGGGCCCAGCACCACCCGGGUGGCCUAAAGCGACAGUCUCAGGGACCACUGCGAGGUUUCCAGUUGCCUAGACAACGAGCCUGGGGUCAGAGCCACCACCCUUCCAGCCACCUGCCUCCUCUGCUGCCUCAGGCACCAGUCCCAGCCCCGUGAGUCCAGCCCAGGUGACAUGACGGUGCUCUCGACCCCCCGGCCCUCGCGGGUGACCACGCUGAAGCGCACAGCUGUGGUUCUGGCCCUCACGGCCUAUGGAGCCCACAAAAUCUACCCCCUGGUGCGGCAGUGCCUGGCUCCGGCCAGGGGCCCUCAGACGCCGGCUGGGGAGUCCGCGCAGGAGGCCUCCGGGGCCACGGUGGGCGCAGCGGCCAAGGCCGGUGUCAACCGGGUGUUCUUCCAGCGACUCCUGUGGCUCCUGCGGCUGCUGUUCCCCAGGAUCCUGUGCCGGGAGACGGGGCUGCUGGCGCUGCACUCAGCCGCCCUGGUGAGCCGGACUUUCCUGUCGGUGUACGUGGCCCGCCUGGACGGCCGGCUGGCCCGCUGCAUCGUGCGCAAGGACCCCCGGGCCUUCGGCUGGCAGCUCCUGCAGUGGCUCCUCAUCGCGCUUCCUGCCACCUUCGUCAACAGUGCCAUCCGCUACCUAGAGGGCCGACUGGCCCUGGCGUUCCGCAGCCGGCUGGUGGCCCACGCCUACAGCCUCUACUUCUCCCAGCAGACCUACUACCGGGUCAGCAACAUGGACGGGCGGCUCCGCAACCCGGACCAGUCCCUGACGGAGGACGUGGUGGCCUUUGCCGCUUCCGUGGCCCACCUCUACUCCAACCUGACCAAGCCGCUCCUGGACGUGGCUGUGACCACCUACACCCUGGUUCGAGUGGCCCGCUCCCGCGGGGCCGGCACAGCCUGGCCCUCGGCCAUCGCUGGCCUUGUGGUGUUCCUCACGGCCAACGUGCUGCGAGCCUUCUCGCCCAAGUUCGGGGAGCUGGUGGCAGAGGAGGCGCGGCGGAAGGGGGAGUUGCGCUACAUGCACUCCCGGGUGGUGGCCAACUCGGAGGAGAUUGCCUUCUAUGGGGGCCAUGAGUUCAGGGUAGCCCCCCAGCAGUUGCUCAAAGAAACGGGCAAGGUGGCUGCCCUCAGCCCAUGUCGAGAAGCUGUCCAGGGCAAAGAGAGGGGUGUGGUGAGCACUCCAUCUGAAGAGGUGGAGCUGGCCCUGCUGCAGCACUCCUACCAGGACCUGGCUUCGCAGAUCAACCUCAUUCUGCUGGAACGCCUGUGGUACGUCAUGCUGGAGCAGUUCCUCAUGAAGUACGUGUGGAGCGCCUCGGGACUGCUCAUGGUGGCCGUCCCCAUCAUCACCGCCACCGGCUACUCAGAGUCAGACUCGGAGGUGGCGAAGAAGGCGGCCCUGGAGGCGAGGGAGGAGGAGCUGGUGAGCGAGCGCACGGAAGCCUUCACCAUCGCCCGCAACCUCCUCACAGCUGCCGCGGACGCCAUCGAGCGGGUCAUGGUGUCCUACAAGGAGGUGACAGAGUUGGCUGGCUACACAGCCCGGGUCCACGAGAUGUUCCAGGUGUUUGAAGACGUCCGGCACUGCCGUUUCAAGAGGCCCGGGGAGCCAGAGGACGCUCAGGCAGGGUCCGGGGCCGUGGUGAGGUCCGGUGUCCGUGUGGAGGGGUCCCUGCAGAUCCGAGGCCAAGUGGUGGAUGUGGAGCAGGGCAUCGUGUGUGAGAACAUCCCCGUCGUCACGCCCACGGGGGAGGUCGUGGUGGCCAGCCUCAACAUCAGGGUGGAAGAGGGCAUGCACCUGCUCAUCACGGGCCCCAACGGCUGCGGCAAGAGCUCUCUGUUCCGUAUCCUGGGCGGUCUCUGGCCCACCUAUGGUGGCGUGCUCUACAAGCCCCCACCCCAGCGCAUGUUCUACGUCCCCCAGAGGCCCUACAUGUCUGUGGGCUCCUUGCGCGACCAAGUGAUCUACCCGGACUCGGUGGAGGACAUGCGAAGGAAGGGCUUUUCCGAGCAGCACCUGGAAGCCAUCCUGGACAUCGUGCACCUGAACCACAUCCUGCAGCGGGAAGGAGGUUGGGAGGCCGUGUGUGACUGGAAGGACGUUCUGUCCGGGGGCGAGAAGCAGAGAGUUGGCAUGGCCCGCAUGUUCUACCACAGGCCCAAGUACGCCCUCCUGGAUGAAUGUACCAGUGCCGUGAGCAUCGACGUGGAAGGCAAGAUCUUCCAGGCGGCCAAGGAUGCGGGCAUUGCCCUGCUUUCCAUCACCCACCGACCCUCCCUGUGGAAGUACCACACGCACUUACUACAGUUCGACGGGGAGGGAGGCUGGAAGUUCGAGAAGCUGGACCCGGCCGCCCGCCCGAGCCUGACCGAGGAGAGGCAGCGUCUGCAGCAGCAGCUGGCGGGCGGCCCCCGGGCGCGGCGCCUCCAGGAGCUCCGCCAGGGCGUGGGCCGAGGCCCCGGAGCCCUCCGGGCCGCCGCCACCUGACAGACGACCCUGGCUCUUAGCCCUCGGCCCGCGCCCCGCACCGAGCCCUCGGAUCCCGUGAAGGAAACGGAGCGCCUGCCCACCAAGCCUUCCCCCGCCCCGCCUCGCCGCGGGGCCCACCCUGCAUGCUUUGCCGUCCUCCCAGGCCUCCCAGAGGACAGCCAGCGAAACCCGUGCCCGCUUCCCAGCCCCACCAGACUGGGACCUGGGCGGGUGGAAGGGGAGAGGGGCCAGAGGCGCGGCCCAGCUCACAGCACCAGCCUGUGCCCAGGAGCCUUGGUGUUUGCGGGGCAGCGCCUCCUGAGUCUGGAGUGCCCCCGUUCCCUCCUCUGCGGUCCCUUGGAGACAUCACGGACGGCCCACCUCUCUAUUGCCAUCAUCCCAGUGGCCCGCCGAGGCUCCCGUCCCCCGGAACGCCCUUACUGCCAUAAAAACGGCCAAGUGGGCCCCGCGAUGAGGCAGGGCCCCUCAUCUGGGCCCCUUCUCCCCACCAGUCAUCCCAAAGAGCCCUCGGGAGAAAGAAUCGCACAACGUUUCCUACCGAGCAAGGUCAAGAAUGUAGUCCCCGUCCCCCUCCGUCCCUAGCCCUCUCCUUCAAGCUAAUUUAUUAGAUUCCUCUUUGUAGUCCUCUCCAUCGCCAGCAUGAGCGCCCUGCCAGCGGAGGAGGUGGCCUGGGCCCCCAGCCAGCCCGCUACCCCACCAGCCCACACUGCCAAGCGCCAGGGCGGGGGUGGGGGUGCGGGGACGCUGGGGCUGCCAGGCGUGAGGGCACCGCUGUGCCCAGUUCAGUGCCAAAGAGGGGUCAGUGGGGAAGCUGUCUCUGCAAAGACAGCCCCCACCCGAGGGGGAGACCCCGCCGCCGCGCCACCGUGUGCCUUUCGGGCCCUCAGCCCUCGGGUCGGGGAACCUCCCUCAGUUCCUCAGUAAAAACCUCCUGUGGAAAGUGCAGUCCUGCCUCCCAGCCUCUUGGUCGGUCGGGGCUUGGGGGAGAGGCGGGAGGGGCGGCAGUGGCCUGGGUGGGGAAGAGGAGCCUUGAGCCCCACCCCCAGCCAAAGAUGCUGCCCUGUGCGUUCCCCGGCAGACAACAGCCGUGGGCAGGCGGCAUCAGCAACGUCUCCCAAAAAGAAUGGCUGAGCCGGAGAGGACUCUGGACCCAGCCCGACCUUGUGCCAGGGUGGAGAGGAGAGGACCGAGGUCCAGUCCACCCGUGAUGAGCUCCGAGAGAGAUGCUGAGAGAAAACCAGUGAGCUGCCAAGUGGGCUGGCAGGGGACACGGAGGAGGAAGAGUCCUGAGCCAGCCAGGCAAGGAGCAGUGGGGACACAGUGCUCCUAGGCCUUCUAGGAGGGGGGAACGUCUGUGCAGAGGCCCAGGGGUGAAUCAGGAGCAAGAUGCAGGAUAUCAAUGCCAAGUGCAGGGCGAAGGGAGGGGCCUCACUUCCGGAGCCUGGCCUUCAGAAGCAGUGAGAAGCCACUGAAGGGUUUUCAGCAGGAUGGAAACAACAUGGGAUUCAUGCUUAAAGGAGGCUGCGUGGAGGGUUGCUUGGAGGGAGGCAAGAGCACUGCGCUUGGCCCUCACCCACCGCUGGUGGGACAGAGGUGGGGCAGCCAUCAUGCGGAACAGCGUGGCGGGUCCUGGAAAGCUAGGCAGAGUUCCCGUGUGACCCAGCACUUCCACUCGGAGAUGUAGACCCAAGAGAAUGGAAAGUAGAUGUUCAAUCAAAACCUUAUACAUGGGGCUUCCCUGGUGGCGCAGUGGUUAAGAAUCCGCCUGCCAAUGCAGGGGACACGGGUUCGAGCCCUGGUCCGGGAAGAUCCCACAUGCCGCGGAGCAGCUAAGCCCGUGCGCCACAACUACUGAGCCUGUGCUCUAGGGCCCACGAGCCACAGCUACUGAGCCCAUGUGCCACAACUAACGAAGCCCACGCGCCUAGAGUCCAUGCUCCGCAGCAAGAGAAGCCACCGCAAUGAGGAGCCCGUGCACAGCAACGAAGACCCAGUGCAGCCAAAAAUAAUUUUUUUAAAAAGUCUUAAAAAAAAAAAAAAAAACAACCUUAUACAUGGGGCUUCCCUGGUGGCACAGUGGUUAAGAAUCCACCUGCCAAUGCGGGGGACACGGGUUCGAGCCCUGGUCCGGGAAGAUCCCGCAUGCCGCGGAGCAGCUAAGCCCGUGCGCCACAACUGCUGAGCCCGUGGGCCACAACUAAUGAAGCCCACGUGCCUAGAGCCCAUGCUCCGCAGCAAGAGAACCCACCACAACGAGAAGCCCGCGCACCACGACGAAGAGUAGCCCCCACUUGCCGUAACUAGAGAAAGCCCGCGCGCAGCAACGAAGACCCAACGCGGCCAAAAAUAAUAGAUAAAUAAAUUUUUUUUUUAAACCCUCAUACAUGAACAUUCUUAACAGUACUAUUGAUGGUAACCAAAAGCGGAAACAACUCAAACGUCCAUCAACAGAUGAAUGGACAAGCAAAAUGUGGUCCGUGCGUACAAUGGAGUAUUAUUCAGCUUGACAAAGAAAGCAGACCAAUGGGUGCCAGGGGCUGGGUAGUGACUGCUGGGGUCAAGGUUUCCUUUUGGGGUAAUGAGAAUGUUCUGGAACUAUAGAGGUGAUGGUUGCACAAUAGUGUCGGUAUGCUGAAUAUCAACAAAUUGUGCACUUUAAAGGGGUUAAUUUUGUGUUAUGUGAAUUUCGCCUCAAAAAAUAGAUAAUAGAUGAUGGUUACAUUGAUCAUAAAGAGGUAGAAGUGAUCGACGAUUGAUAGAUAAUAAAGAGAGAUGAUAGACUGGUGAUGAUAGAUAGAUGGAUGGAUGGAUCACAGGCAAAGAGAUAGAUAGAUAGACAUAGACGAAGGAGCACACCAUUUGACUCAACCCAGGCCAGACGUGCUGAGGCCUGAGAUCCCAGAUGCGCUAGAGAGAAUAGAAGAAAGUCAUGCGGGGGGUACCUCAGAUUCUGGGGGAGGGGACAGGUGGAGUGAGAGUCAAGGUGACCCCUGGGUUCCGGCUUGGGUGGCCGGUUGGGCGAUGGCAUCCAUUGCGGAAGAAGGGACAGGUCAGGGAGAAGGUGCUGCCUGAUCAGUGCUUGCUGGGCCCAGGCCCUUGGCCCCAGCGGAAAUGAUGAGUAAGCGCUAGGAGGGUGCGGCUGGCUGAGAGCUCCAGGCUGGAGGUGGUCCGAGGAUGCAUUGGCCAGCAGAGAGGCAGCUGGUGGUUGAAGAGACGUGUGGACACGAGGUGCUUGGUCUCUCAUCUGGGGGAUGGGAGAUAGACUGCGUUUUCUCUGAGUUUUGUGUUUUUUUUAAAUUUAUCUUUGGCUGUGUUGGGUCUUCGUUGCUGCGCGCGGGCUUUCUCUCGCUGCGGUGAGCGGGGGCUACUCUUCGUUACGAUGUGCAGGCUUCUCCUUGCGGUGGCUUCUCUUGUUGUGGAGCACGGGCUCUAGGCAUGUGGACUCAGUAGUUGUGGCACUCAGGCCCAGUAGUUGUGGCUCAGGGGCUCU